AUGUUUACAAUUGCUAUCAUAAACCAAAAAGGCGGAGUAGGAAAAAGCACCAUUGCGGUUAAUCUAGCCUAUGAGCUAGCCCAAAGCUAUAAAGUUCUUUUAAUUGAUUGUGACCCCCAAGCUCAUGCUUGCCAAAUUUACCAAAAAGAACCCGCUGGUUUCACCUUAAAAGACCUUUUUGCUAAUACCCGAGCCAAUAUCAACCGAGCAAUUACCUCUGCCUACCUAAAAGAUAAACCAAUAAAUAAUUUAAGUUUAAUUAGUAGUAAUAUUCGUUUAGCCAAAACUGCCGAACAAAUUAAUAAUAUUUACCGAGAAAAAAUACUCGCCAACCAUUUAAAAAAAAUAAGCGGUUUUGAUUAUUGUUUAUUAGAUUGCUCGCCUAAUUUAGGAAUAAUUACUAUUAAUGCUUUAUAUGCUUGUGAUUUCUUCUUAAUCCCCCUAACCGCCGACAAAGGAGCCCUCGACGGCAUGGCCGACCUGCUAAAAACCGCCCGAGAAAUCAAAGAAAACAAAGAUUUAAACUACUUCAUUCUAAGAAACAACAUUGAUAUUCGUAACAAACAAACUAAUGCUUAUUUAGAAACAGAAUUAAAACCCUACCAAAAAAAACUCCUCCCCCCCAUCAUCCACCGGGCCGAAGUAAUCAACCAAGCCCGCAUAACUAACGAACCUCUCCAAACUUAUGCCCCAAAUAGUAAAAGUAUACAAGAUUAUAAAAUUUUAACUAAAUGUAUUACAAAAAUAAUACAAUUGUAUGACAAAUAA